AGACGAUUUAUAUUUACCCAGAAGUCCCACUGAAUUCAAUAGGCUUGCUUGCAACCAAGUGAGAAUAAGUUGCAGCCGAAGUUUGUUUUAGCCUUUUGAAAUUUACCCCGAAGCAACCGGUUUCGGGAGAGUCCCCAGCGCUAACCUUGCUGUUUAAACUGACUCCAAACAAGACGUCGAUGAUUUCUCGAUGAGGCCCAAGGGGCGGCCCCUCCUCAAGCCAGCAGCGAAACGCCUGGAGCCCAGCAAAACAAGGCAAGGCCCAGAAAUCCGUAUUUGCUUGCUUUCUCAGCCGUCCCAACGGGUCUUACGAGCGGACUGGGAGAGGUUUUGCGGACGGAAAACAAUCCGCAAUGGAAACUGAGGAUCCUGCCGUGUUCACCUCCAGCACCCUGCCCUCUGACCCCCGGCUCCUGGCAACAGUGACCAAUGCUUACUUGGGCACCCGUGUCUACAGGGACAUUCUCCAUGUCAAUGGGGUGUACAACGGAGCAGUUGGGGACACGCAUCGUGCUGAUCUCCCCAGUCCUGUCAAUGUCCGAAUGAAAGUGUUGGCUGAGGACUGCCUGAGUGAGACUUUCUCCCUGGACACAAGGGCAGGAACCUAUAUCCAUAAGAUCCAGUGCUCCGGUUAUACAGCCACGCACAGGAUAUAUGCCCAUCGCUCCCUGGUCCACCUUCUGGCCUUCAGCAUUACCAUCCAGAAGUCAGCUCUUCAAACUAAGCCCAUCACUGUGAACCUCCAGAUGCAGUUCACACCAAAGAGUCCAGACGUGGACCUACAUAAAGGACCAGAUUUCCAGGGAGCUCAGUAUCUCUAUGGAAAGACCUUGAUCCCAGAAGUAGAGGGUGGUCCUCAGCCUACUGUACAUCUGAUCUGGACCCCAGUGCCACAGUCAGUGACACUCUCUGGGGAGGAGACAGAAAAGAGCUGGGAGUUCCUCACAGCCAUAGCAGAGAGUGAAGGGGAUGUGAAAAGGUACUUCCUUGAAGGAAAGUCACAGAUUGCUUCUGGCUCCUUGUAUGCAUAUCACACCCAGGCAUGGGCAGAGAUCUGGGAAGGAUGCUGUGUCAAGGUUGAUGGGCCUCUUUCAUUAAGCCAGGCCGUUUAUGGGUGCCUCUAUUAUCUGCUAAGUGCAACUCCUCCCCUGGGUUCUUAUGACUUUCUGUUCUCUGGAAUCAGCCCUGGAGGCCUUUCGAAUGGCACACAGAAUGAAGAUUACUGGGGCCAUGUUUUCUGGGAUCAGGAUACCUGGAUGUACCCAAACAUCUUGCUUUUCUAUCCAGACAUAGCUUGUGCUAUCCUAAAAUACCGGAUCCAAACACUAGGGGGAGCCCUGUACAAUGCACAGGUGCAAGGAUACAAGGGUGCAAAGUUCCCUUGGGAGAGUGCAGCAACAGGCCAGGAGGUCUGCCCUGAAAAGGUUUAUGGUGACCAGGAAAUCCACAUCAAUGGAGAUGUUGUGCUGGCAUUUGAGCAGUAUUACCACAUCACACAGGAUUUGAAGCUGUUCCAGCAGGAAGGAGGCUGGGAUGUGGUCUAUGCUGUUGCUCAGUACUGGUGCAGCCGAGCAGAGUGGAACCCAGAAGAGCAGAGUUACCAUAUUACUGGUGUGAUGCCCCCAGACGAAUAUCAUUAUGAUGUAGAUAACUCUGUUUAUACCAACGUCAUUGCCCAGAGGAGUUUAAAUUUUGCUGUUGAGUUGGGCUUCCAGUUGCACAUUCCCACCCCUGAAGAAUGGAAGGAGGUUGGGAAGAAAAUCAAGAUACCAUUUGAUAAAAACAGGAAGUUCCAUCCAGAGUAUGAUGGGUACUGUCCAGGUGAACAAGUGAAGCAGGCUGAUGCUGUCCUGCUUGGAUUCCCUCUCCUGUAUCCUAUGGAUUCUGAAGUGAGAAGGAAUGACCUGGAGAUGUAUGAACCCGUUACUGACCCUACAGGACCUGCCAUGACCUGGAGCAUGUUUGCUGUUGGUUGGCUGGAGCUGAAGGAGCCUGAAAGAGCACAACAACUGCUGAGCAAGUGUUUCAGCAACAUUACUGAACCAUUCAAGAUCUGGGUGGAGAACUCAGACGGAUCAGGAGCAGUCAACUUUCUGACAGGGAUGGGUGGAUUCCUCCAAGCCAUCCUUUUCGGAUACACUGGUUUCAGGAUCACCAAAAACCACCUGAACUUUGAUCCUCUUUGCCCAGAUGACACAAAAAAGCUAACAGUCCUUGGAGUGUGUUACCUGGGAAGCAAACUGAAUUUCACUUUCACCAAAGAAGAUGUCACAAUCGAAGUGGUUAGGUCCUCCUCCAGUCUGGAGGUUGUGCUGGCAGCGACACGACAGCACUUCCUCUUACAAGAAGGACGGAGUGUUACCUUCUGUACAGCUGCUGGCUGGAUCCAGAAAGUACCGGUUGAGACAUUUUAAGCCCAGCAUGUUUUACUUUUCAUUGAAAGUAUGAAGAACCCGCCAUAGAGGCAUGCCACAGAACAGGAACUGUAGUGCUAAAUGUGAAGGAGUCCUGUGUCUUGGCUAUGUUCAUUGUGUAUAUAAGCAGCCUGUUCAAGUGGGAGUUGAUUUGAAAUCCUGCCACUUUUACCACAUCUGACAUGAAGUUUCUUUCCUGACUGGUGGGUAGGUGUUUGAUCCCUGGACUGAGGAGAACAGGAAGGAACUGUUUCUUUUUAAGGAAAAACAGUAAUCCCAGAAGGAGUUGCAGGAUCUCUUCUGAUGAUUGGUUUACUGCAAGUUAAUUUCUAAAACACAAGAAAACGAUAGUAUUUUGUUAGUGGCAAACUCUGAUUAUUCUCCUUGCUGGUAUUUCCAAGUGCUGUAAUUAUGUGAGUGUCAGAGGUACCUAUUAGCUAGUACCUGUGCAGUUCCCUGGUAAAAUUCUUGCCAUGUUUGGCAUUUGUGAAUCCUGAUAUCAUAAUUUUUCUCUUCACAUAUUUCAGCUGUAGAGGCAAAUGGCCUUGUUGCUUUCAUCAGAAAUAUGAUCUAAAAUAUUACCAAUAGAAAAAUGGAAGUUUCCUAUUAACAUUAAAGAAUCUCUUGGCAGUCAACAUAUAUCUGAGGCAGUUCCAUGUCUACAUUAGUGCAACUGGUGAAGGCCACUUGCUUCUUGCAUUUCUCAUUUUAUUUUUGUUCAAAAACUAGCAGCACCUAGACAGUGCCGCUAGGGUCGCCAAAUCUAUGUUGUGAAACUCCAGGAGGUUUGAGGGUGUAAAGCAUAAGCAGGGCAGAGUUUGGGGAGUGGAGGAACCUCUGCAUGGUAUAGUAUCACAGAGUGCAUCCUCCAAAGCAGCUAUUUUCUCCAGGAGUUCUGUAGUUUAUAGGUCAGUUGUAAUUCAGGGAGAACUCCAGGCCCCACCUGGAGAUUGGCAUCCCUUACUACCAUCCAUUCUGCCAGCUGAUCAGUUUGGGAUUUCAGUCUGCAAAGGCUGACUUCCAGAAGAAGGGACUAAUAAAAGAGCAUGAAUAGACAACCAAAUUAGCUUAACAAAUUUACUUUCAUGCAUAUUUGUCAUUCAUUCAGGUAUGCAGGGGUACUUCUUAGAAGUAGCAAAAAAGGCAAAUGUAACUUGGGACUGCAUCAACAAAAGUAUAAUGGCCAGAUCAUAUGAAGUAAAUGAACAUAAAUUGAAUGUUAUUAAAUCAAAUAUUAUAUCUCA